UACAGAUAUUAAUAGGAAUACAGAAGUAUACUCACUGUAGUGCUAGAAAUGACCACAGAAGUGCUUUAUGCAGUGUAGCUUAAGUAUUAAUUGUGCUAAUGGGGCUUUGCUGCCUGAUUUUCUGUUAGAGCCUUGCUUUAUAGGAACACAGACUGGCAGCUUUGGAGCUGAAGUUGGGGAAAAUAAGGCUGCAAGUGGAAAGAGCAGGCAGCGUUUCUCUUCUCCCUCCCCCUGUGGGAAGGACACCGAGCAAGGCAGGGGCUGACGACAUACAGUGAGGGUGGUAAAACAAAACAUCCAGUCCUUUAAAAAGCUAAGCAAAGCUCAGUUUUCCCACCUCGGUUUGAGAAGCUGAUGAUCACAGCUAGUUUUUUUGAAAGAGAAACCAGUGAAGAAGAUUUCAUAAAGUCUGCAUUACUUGUACGGAUUUCAUUCUCCAUGCACAGUCUGCAGGAUCAAACUUUCUUUGUGGAAAGCUGAACUUCGGUGGUGUCUAAAAGCAAUUCUCAUGGAGCCCUGUUGGCCGCGCUUCAAGUUUUUCUAGAUCAUUAAUCCUGUGCUCCAGAAAAGGGUAAGCUGUGUUGGGUGUCCAGUAAAUACCUCAACCAUGGUUGCUCCCCUUUCAUACUCCAUCCAGGCUACAGCUGUCAUAGCAGCCAUCAUCACCUUUCUUGUUCUCUUCACCAUUUUUGGAAAUGUGUUGGUCAUCAUUGCUGUGCUAACGAGCCGGUCUUUGAAAGCUCCUCAGAACUUAUUUUUAGUCUCUCUGGCUGCGGCAGAUAUUUUAGUAGCCACUCUGAUAAUACCCUUCUCCUUGGCCAAUGAGUUAAUGGGAUACUGGUAUUUCGGCAAGACCUGGUGUGAGAUGUAUUUGGCCUUGGAUGUUUUAUUCUGCACCUCCUCCAUUGUGCACCUAUGUGCCAUCAGUCUGGACAGGUACUGGUCAGUAAGCCAAGCUAUAGAGUAUAAUUCCAAGAGGACUCCAAAAAGGAUCAAAUGCAUCAUACUCAUUGUUUGGACACUUGCAGCCUUGAUCUCUCUGCCACCAUUAAUUUAUAAAGGUAAAAGCAAAGACCAAAAUGCUAAACCUGAAUGCAAAUUGAAUGAAGAACCCUGGUAUAUACUUUCUUCUAGCAUCUGUUCCUUCUUUGCACCUUGCCUUAUUAUGAUCCUGGUGUAUCUAAGAAUCUAUCUCAUUGCCAAACGCAGGAAUAGAAAGAACAGUACAGACAAAAAACUUAAGAAAAUGGCGCCUGGACUCUUCAGCCGUACGAAUAAACAUAGUUUGAACAGUUCACAUACACAAACUCAAUGUGGUAUUAUAUCUUCACAGGAAAAAACAGGGUUAGCAUUGGAUGAUCUCCACUGUGGUGUCCCAGUGUUGUCUUCAACACGUGAGGAACGCAAUGGCCACUCAGAGUCGUUUGGUCUUCAGCCCCAAGGGGAGAACCUAAAACACACCAAUGGUUGUGAGCCUGCAGUGAUGGACACUGUUGCCACUGUCAAAGGUGUGAUGCUGAUGCCAAAAGGGGCUAAAGAUUCUGAUUUAAGUUCGGCCAAGAAGAAAAGUUACAUUAACAGAGAAAAAAGAUUCACCUUUGUACUGGCUGUGGUUAUCGGGGUCUUCGUCUUGUGCUGGUUCCCAUUCUUUUUCACCUACAGCCUUGGAGCCAUCUGCACUGAGCUCUGUUACAUUCCAGACAGUGUCUUUCAGUUUUUCUUCUGGAUCGGAUACUGUAAUAGCUCCCUUAACCCUGUUAUAUACACCAUUUUCAACCAGGACUUCAGAAAGGCUUUCCGAAGGAUUCUGUGCAGCCACUGGUCACAGACAACAUGGUGACCAGUAAGGAAGGGAGGGGGGUGGGGAAUCCAGGACUUAAUAUUUAUUAGACUUGGUUGACUUCUAAGAAAUUUAUGUGACAAACCAUUCUUGUUGAAUAGAUAAAGUCUAUCUAGCUUUGGGUAAUAAUCCAUUAAUGCCAAAUUUUCAUAGUGAAAUUUAAAACUUCUCUUUUGUAUUCGAGGAUCAUUUUGAUUCCAUUCCAGUUCCCUUCACCUUAUUUUGCAGCUUCACAUGAUCAUAUAUAUUGUUAUAUAUUUUUGGCUCCAACAAAACCAACCAACUCACUGUUGCUCUACAUACAUUUCCUAAGAAAGUAUUUUUUCCAAUGCAAAUACUUUGUCAAUGCUAAGGAGAAUUAAACCAGCCCUUGCCUGAGCUUCAAUUACAUUUUUAUAUAAUGUUGACUUUGGGGUGUCACACAUUUGGCCUUUCAGUUGAAUGUCAGCACCCUAAUUGCUGCCAUUGCUGUGGGUUGACCUCCCCUGGUGUAGCGUAUCUGCACAGACAGAAGCCACCAAUUUCAUGGAUUGUUCCCUCAUAUGGCAAGGGUGUGUGUGUGGGGGAAUGUAAAAAGGGGACAUUUGUUAAAUGCAUUUCUUCAUGCUCAGAUUCCAAAGAGUAAAAUCAAAAGUGUGUUUGCUUGUUUAUGAAGAAUAGAAAAAUCAAGUAAUUACUGUAACACAGGGAAGUUAAAAAAAAACAGCACUCGUUUUCUUGUUGUGUAUUCCAGAUCUAAAUGGAAAUGUUACAAAGCGAGGCUUUAAUGUUGCUAAUGGUUUGCCUUUCUGCGAUUGCUUUUAAUGUGCACAGCUGGAACACUGCUAAAGGAAAGUUUCCAAGGCAUUCACGAGAAAAUGGAAGGUUGUUUUUUUUUGUUAAUUUUUUUUUUUUUGUCUAAACAGAGCUGUUUAUUUCUCAGCAAUUGCGACGCGGGCGAUCGAUUUAGGGUUUGUGCAUGUGGGCAGCUGAAAAUCCUACUGAAACGCACUUAGUUGCAUAUUAAAAUGUUUAAUGGGUUCAGUAUGUGUCUGGGACUUGUACCCACACCUGAGCUUAGACUGGCAGGGAUAUGGACUUUGAUCAAAUUCAGGGAAAACAUAUAUUGUGUAUGUCCAUUAAAACAUGGACAUUUUUUAAUGAAUUUAUAUUAGAAAGUUGCUUAGAAUUAUGUUUACUUUCAUGAUGCAAAAAGAACAGUUUUUGGGUGGAAGACGCUUAUAAAACUUUACAACUUAGACCUGUUCGUGCCCCUGUCCUGCCUGCCUUCCUGCUGAUACGUGACAGGGUGGUCAGUGGGGUUUGUUAUUGUGUCUUUAUGGAGAUAUAAAGAAAACAGAUAAAUGUUAGACAGAAAAAUGGGUCUGCAUUCAAUGUUCUGCCACGUCUGAAGAGCAAGAGGGAUGAACCCCCUACAAUCGGCAACUGGUGUGUAAUUAGCUUAACACUUACAGAAUAUAGAAAUCAAAGUAAGCAGGGACAUCUUUAAUUUGUGACAGGACCUUUAAAUUAGAACAAAAACGCCUUGUCUAUCUUGCUCCGCUAUCCCACUCCCCCUACCAACAUCUGCUGCUCUGUGUAUGGAUGCCAUGACUGGUGCCCGCAUUGGCACUUCCACUAAGUUCUUAACUCAGUCCGUGCAGAGCAGAUUCAGUUUACCACUGGCAAAGCUCUGUGAUGCUGUAAAGAUGGCUGCCAAUAAAUUUGGGAAACGGUAGCCCAGAAAGCUCUGAAUUACGGGUAGACCAUCUGCCACACAGUCCAUUUUAAGUGUAAAGUAUGGUGAUCCAAACUAUAGUACCCCUUACCUGGAAAGCCUUAGGUCCCAAGCAUUCCAGACAAUAUAUGCCAUGUAUUUGUCACUUGCGAUAAAUCUGCACUACUGUGGGUGACAAAACAUCCCUAGUAGGGAUACAUAUGUAUCACUUUGGCUUUCCAAAGUAGACUGAGGUUGCCUCACAGAAAACUUUGGGCUACUUGAGAAACCUGAAGCAGCUUAUAUGAUUUCUAUUAUUGCCAGUGACAGGGUGAUUCUGGUCCCUGUGUCACCCCAACACUGCCUCUCCUGUCCUUAACUUUUUAUCAUUGCUGUGCUUCAUUGCUAAUGCAGGGAGUGUAAUUAUGCUCUCUGCACUAGACAAGAUAAAAUUCUGAUUUUGAAAUCUGCUUUUUGGUGCAAAAGUUAGCAUAAGUGGCUUUGCCUUUCCUGGUAACCUGGGAGCUGCUGCCUGAAGCAAGAUUCUCAACUUACCUCAUGGCAUUAUCACCUCUGGAUGGCGGGAAAGCUUUUUUUAAGAUUAGACUCUUGAGUCAUCACCCUUUAAACAUAAGCUUGCCCAGUGAUCCCUAACCAGUGGCUCGUGAGCAGCUCCCACUGGCCUCAAAUUAGGUGCCCAUUUUAAAAUCUCUGCCUUGGAGACAAGUUUUGGAGGCAUAGAGACUACCAAAUAGCCAAUCACUGUCCUUAGUUGGCAUCCCCAGUGUUUGCAUGUCUGUGUGGCUCCCCAACACUUUUGAUAUCUGAGUGUGGUUGGGUACCCCUAAACUUGCCUAUGCCAUCUUCUUACUGGCUUUUAUGAUGUUUAAUGCGGGCUCCAAAACUAAGGGGGCACCAGACUUGCCAUUAUGUAUCCAGAUAAACAGUGUCGGACUGAGAUGCCAGGGGCCCACCAGAACACCUUGGACCAUAGGCCCACUCUCUAAACUAUUAUUCCUCCUCUCCGCCCUCAACCUCUAUUCUGCUAGUCACUUUUCUCUAUCCUUCCAUCUCUUUUUCCCAUACAGAAAUAAGGAAUGACCAUGCAAUUGGCCAAAUAGUUAGAAGCAAGAGGGCCCACUGACACCUGGGCCUGACUGGAGUUUUCCUGGUUGGCCAGUCCGACACUGCAUAUAAACACUGUACUUAAGCCACACAAGGGUUUGCGGAGGCUGACUUUUAAAAUAUAUAGUCGAUUGCUGUCCUACAAAAUGACAGGUUGUUCAAAUAACUGCUAUUUAUUUCUGUAAGGUGUUUAUAAGGCCAGAAGCAUUAUAAAUCAUAGUGGAAGAUGCCAAGGAAUACGCAACAUACAGCCCUCCAGCUGCCGGGAUCUACAAAUCCCACCUCUUAUUGUAAUGAAUGAUGUAACAUGCAGUGAACCUAUGAAGAGUGUAAAUCUGACAUCCCUUUGCUAAUGUAACUUGAUUCAUGUAUAAACAGUGUCAUUAUAUUGUUA